UGAUACCUCACAAUUCAAUUUCAACUUAAAAUUCUAUAAAAGAUUUAUGUAUCUUAUAAUUUUAAUCAUAUUAGCUGUUAGAAAACUGGACAGCAAACCAGUUUCUUUCAUUUGGUGACCGAAAGAAAUCUUCAAAAUCAACGCCGUACAUUAAACCAGAUUGGGUCGAAGACGGUUGAAGAAUGAAACCUCUCUUGUUCUCACUCGUUCUUUGUCUGACAUUAAACGAAGUUUAUGGAAUCUAUGGCGGUUGUAUGAGCUAUAGCAGCAGUCCUAGCAACGUACCAGAACAUAUCGAGGUAAAACUAUCCUUUCUAAAUGGAUGGAAACUUCACCGAGGCCCAUGUGACAAUUGCACAGAAAAUGACGAAGGAUUAGAUGUGACUGAACGACGAAAACAGUUCAUAAAUGAUACAAAUAAUCCCGAGGCUUUUGGAAGUUGGUCGUAUGAAAGAGAAGAAAAAGGAUAUAAAGUCUUCACACCUAUACCACUUACCCUAAAGAUAAACAAGGAAAUAAGAGAUGUUGUUCUGAUGGUCAACAAACACGAAGGAUGGGAAUUAGAGAGUUCAGAGAUCAAUUUACUCAUAGAUAUGAACACAACAGAUAAACGUCGAUUUGAUAUAAUGUUUACUAAUAUAAAUGAUGGAGAAUUGACCGGCAUGGGUCAAGGUGUCGAAGUAUUUCUACAAGUAAAAGUUGAUCCAUAUGACCGGACUGAUACAAAGAAACCAAACUUUAGUCCUGUGAUCUUGGUUAAACCGUAUUACAGUCUAGAGCUUAGUAAGAUACAUACAAUUCAUAUACCAGCCGUGGAUAAUGAUGAUGAUAAACUGAAGUGUGAGUUGUCGACGUAUAUUGAAGCUGGGGUUUUCGUGAGCAUCGUAAAAAAUCUUACACGUGCGAGAAUCAUAACGAUGAAGGAAAAAGAGGAUUGUGUGCUUACCAUCAACCUCAAUAAUACAAGAUUCAGCGUGGGCGACACUUUUGCUCUUCCAAUCACAGUAAAGGACUAUAGUAGAAAAGACAUUGUGACACUAUCACAUUAUUCCGCAUAUGGAAAUCCACUAGGAAGAGUUACUGUAUUGAUGUAUUUCAAAGUAACAGGAAGGACGGAUCCACCAAAGUUCAUACCACCAACACCACCAAACAACCAAGCGUAUACUGUUUAUGUAGGGGUAGAUUUCAAUGUCAGUGUCUAUGCAAAACCAACAGACAGUACCAGGCAAGAUUCUUUAUAAUCAUUUGAUGCCUUAUUGAAUCUGAAUAAAAAUUUGGGAAUGCUACAAACAUACAAAAAU